AUGGACUCCAACGCGACGUCCGCUAUCCAGCGGAAUCGGCCCACGGCGCAUUCAAACCUGGAACCAACAGAUGACUUCUCGAUCGAUAGUUCAAAAUCCGGAUCCGGGGCAGCCAUGAAAGGCGCCUUCCAAAGUAUGCAAACAUCACGGGGAAAGAUCGAGUGUGCAAGCAAAAACCUUUCAGAAUCAAAUGAGCCGGGCUUCAGCCUCUUCCCCAAGCUUCCGGCGGAGCUUCGUCUCAAGAUCUGGAAAUUAGCGUUACCCGGGCCUCGGAUCGUCGAGGUCUAUUACGACAGAGCGAGGCAUCCUUGGGACAAAAGUUUUAUCAGAUUUAAUACUCCGCCUCCCGCUGCCUUGCAUGCCAACUGGGAGUCGCGAAGAGUCGCACUCGAAAAGUAUUGGUUACGACUCGGCAACGAGGAAAUCACCGAUUGCUUCGCUCAAAUCGACCCCACUGAGGAUACAAUAUUUAUUCCGUUCAACAGUUUGGUGAAACUUCAGCAAAGGUUGAUAAAUGGCAAGGCGUUGUCUAAAGAAGCAAAAGAGAGUGUCCGGUCAUUGGCAGUAGACGCACGUUCUUGGAAGAGACUCUGUGGCCCUGAAGGCUUCGUCUAUUUUGAAAACUUGGAGAAGUUUACCAUUGUGAUUCACGAUUCGGCAAAUUGUCAAAGUAAGGAAAAGUGGCGAAUGCCUGAUACAGAUCUUUCAUUAGUGGACGUACAAGACGAGGUGGAGGUUUAUGACCACCAUCUAAGUGUAGAGAGUCAGAUGGAGUUCGAUAAUGGACACUACGGACGGCAAGGGAAGUUGCCUACAAUCGAGGUAAAGGUGGCAGCAAGGGGAGGAAAGAAGUGCUGUCAUAAUUAGCUAUAUC